AUGCCACACCUGCCUGUACUGCCUGCCACCGCUUUGCAGACACUACAGCCUGCAUUGACUGCGGGCAGUGGCAUCACCCUGCCUGCAUCGCCCACUGCCGGAUCGUUCCUCACCAUAGCGCACCUACAUACGGACUCCACACUCUCCCCCUCCGCGCCUCCCGCACAUACUCAUUUGGCGAUGGCAGUCCUCCUCGCAGGCCUACACCACUCCGGAGAUGUUGCGCUCCAAAUCUGCGACAACACCACGGCCAUUGGCCUCAUUAUUCUGGCCAGGUCCCUCAAACGCCGCGGAAGACAACCCCGAUACAGCAACAUCCACAGAGUGGAACUUCGCUCUCUCAUGGACCUACUCGCACCGGAGGGCACGUUUGCAGGUGAAUGGAUACGCUCACAUCAGAUCACAGCAGACACGCCGGACCCGGCCUACGGGCCAAACCUAGAGGAAGCUGACUCCCUCGCCACACUGGCCCACCAGCUCCUCCCACGGACCAACUACGCCCACCUCAUCAUUCCCUACUCCUGGGAACUUCGGGAUAACCACAACAGACCAGUCACUGGCGCCAUCGCCCCCUGGCUUGGUGCAAUCUACGGCAAGCGAAACUGGUCCUCCACGCAAGCACACAAACCCGAUGCCCGCCGCACAAUCCAGCCGUCACGCCUCAACACUGGGGAACUAUGCAAGUGGGACCUCCCUGCACUCUCCUUCUAUUGGCGUGCCGUAUGCUACACCCUCCACACGAAUGCACGCAAGCACCGCAUUCAAAAACCUGGGACGCCCACUGUCGUACAUGCCCAGACUACCUCGACACACAGGAACACCGCUUUGGACUUACGCACCCGCAAUGCCCCGGGUCUGCCUCCCUCACACAAGACCUCCUUCUCGCCACCCAAGCCGUCUCCCAAAGCCUGGCUUCCCGACCAAGACAUAUACCUUCCCGGGCAAUGCAACGCCAUCACUAGUACCUUCACAGGCCAGACAAGACCCCAAUGGCACACACGCAGUCGUAACCCCUCCCCAAACUCGGGCCAAUGCAUGAUCGCGCUCACACCUACACGCUGUGUUCUGGCUCUCCACAUGCAUCGCCUCCUUGGCCCACCCUGCCAGGCAACUCUUGCUCUCAUGGCCACCCACCUUUACUGGGAAUCUACCCAAUGCCGGAAGCCGGGGGGGGCUACUACCCCGCUGGCUCUACCACACGGCCCUCAGCUGCACACCCCUCUAGCACCCCGAGACGUCUGGUUCGGCCAAUGGAUGGGCGGCCCCAACGGAGCUACAUUCCAAGGCCCGCUUGGAGCUUCCACACACUGCAUCAUCCCCCGCCCCACCACAAAUAACCACUGA